AUGUAUCGCCAUCCGCUGCCGAUGCCGGCCGCGGUCUGGCCUACAACACCAAGCCGAAAUGCCUAUCGACUUCGUUUCCAUCUGGAACAGCACUUCAACGCCAAGAUUUACACGUCUGGCUCGCCAGUCAAGGGCCAGGUUGUUCUUCGCCCGGCCCGGGACAUCGCAUACGACCAUUUCGAGAUCAGUCUUGUGGGAGUCAGCACAACACAAAGCUUCCUGCAACACGAGCCGGGAAUCAUUGCUCUUCCCUUUAUGAAACUUGUCAUGCCAGUGUGCUCCAACAGUCUGCCUGCCAAUAAGAUAUUCGCGGCGGGCCAAGAAUACAGUUUCCAGUUCCAUUUUGUCUUGCCGUUUCACCUCACCAUCGGCUCUUGCAGACAUAAAUGCGUCUCGCCGGCCGUCAGGGAACAGCAUUUGCGGCCGCCUCCAACAAUGGGAUUCUGGGAGAGUGACGACCAGUCUCCCCAGAUGACGCAGAUAAAGUACGCCAUCACCGUGCUGGCUACCAGAACCUUUCCGGCCGGCUUUCUCCCAGCCAGGGUGAUUGCAGAAUCGUGCAUGAUCAAGGUCUUGCCUGCGUUUCCGGAAGAUGCCCCGUUGGACAUCACCCCCGUGGACGAGGGCUACACCCUCUCCAGGAGCAAAACAAUACGCAAAAACUUUGUUGCCAGCAAGCUCGGAAGACUCACCGCCACUGCCGCUCAGCCAAAGGCCGUCAUGCUGUCGCCAGAUGGCCACGUAGCCACUGCAACAUCAUGCCGUCUGACUCUCGUCUUUGACUCCAUGAGCAUGGAUACACCGUCGCCAAAGAUCAACUCCGUGUCCGGGAAGCUCACAUCGCACACCUAUUUUGAUAUGUCCUUUAUGAAACGCCUUCCCAAUCUUGGCAACCGGACAUCAUUCGAAGCCACGUCGCCGUAUCAGUACACAACCUCCAACAAGCUCUUCAGCCUCCCGGUGUGUGACUUGUCCUGGAGAGAGGAGCACGGCGAAUCGGCUUGGGAAGAAGUCAUGUUCCCACUCUCCCGGGAGCCCUCCGUAUUGACACAAGAGGAUGAAUUUCCAACUGCGCCGGGCAAUCCUUCAAGACGUGCUAGUGCUGUGACGUGUCCCGACAUGUCAUUGACGGCCUCUAGACCAAGACGAUACGUUUCCGAGCUAGACAUUCAGUUCACGAUACCCAACAACAAUAAAAAAAUGUUUUUGCCGACUUUUCACUCGUGUCGUAUAUCGCGCACCUAUACUCUAGAUCUUUGUCUCUCCGUUGGUCAGACUUUUUCCACCUUGUCUCUUGUUGUGCCGUUGCAGAUCGGAGUCGAGUCGGAUAAUAGUAUACGAGAGCAGGUAAGCCGAGUAGGUUCUGGCCUUGCUUCUGUCCGAGGCCAAGACCAGGGAAGACGGAACACGUAUGCUGGGCUACCGGGAUUGAUGCUGGAGUCGAGUGAUAAUGAACUGCCAGGUUACUGUUGA